AUGUCUUCUCUUAACAACACACAAGUUGAAGUUCUUAGAUUCCUCCUCAUCGGGAUUCCUGGACUGGAGAAGAGUCACAUCUGGGUAUCCAUUCCUUUCUCAUUCGUGUACCUUCUUUCUUUCCUGGGUAAUUUCACCAUCCUCUUCUUUAUCAAGACAGAGCGAAGUCUCCAUGAACCCAUGUACUAUUUCCUGUCCAUGCUCUGUUUCUCUGACCUGGGGUUGUCACUCUCUUCCUUACCCACUACUUUGGGGCUAUUCCUCUUCAGUAUCCACGAAAUUCUUGCAGCUGCAUGCUUUGCCCAGGAGUUUUUUAUCCAUCUGUUCACAGUCACUGAAGCCUCUGUGCUGUCUGUAAUGGCAUUUGACCGAUACGUGGCAAUCCACAACCCUUUGAGAUACAGCACAAUCUUAACCAAUUCCAGAGUUAUCAAAACAGGGGUCUUUCUGACAUCCAAGAAUGUUUUUUUGAUCCUUCCACUGCCCUUUCUCUUGCAAAGGCUGAGAUACUGUCAUCAAAACCUGCUCUCCCACUCCUAUUGUCUCCACCAGGAUGUCAUGAAGCUGGCAUGCUCUGACAACAGAAUCAAUGUUGUCUAUGGACUCUGUGCUGCACUUUCUACUGUGCUGGAUUUGGUGUUUAUUACUUUCUCCUACAUAAUGAUCUUAAAGACUGUAGUGGGAAUUGCAUCCCCCAGAGAGCAGGUCAAGGCCCUCAACACCUGUAUCUCUCAUAUGUGUGCUGUGCUCAUCUUCUACGUGCCCAUGCUGAGUGCAGCGAUGCUGCACCGUUUUGCCAAGGACGUGUCUCCUAUGAUCCACAUCCUCAUGGCUGAUGUAUUUCUGCUGGUGCCACCCCUGAUGAAUCCCAUAGUAUACUGUGUGAAGACCCGUCAAAUCCGAGAAAAGGUGGUGGGGAAAGUUUGUUCAAAAAGAAGUUGA